AUGACGGGGCAUGACGAGGCGGGCGACGAGGCGGGCGACGAGGCGGGCGACGAGGGCCCCGGAACCACAAGCAGGGCCGCAAUGACCAACGUUACCGCACCGUACCACACCAAAAUUACCAGGCUGCCGCAUGCUGGCCAGAAACGCCCCAAACGCCAAAAACGUGCCACUGUCGAUCUCCGGCCUGUUGCAACUUGCAUCGGGCGGUGGCAGAGUUUCGGUGCCAACUCGUGGAGAAUCGCACACGCAUCGCUUGAAAAGACUCGAAAAGGCUCCAACGACUCGAAGGGACGCACAAGACUCGACCCGAUUCGGAAGAACGUGCCCCUGCUGUUGGACUGGGAGUAUCCUAAAUCCCGCGAAGAAUCCAACAUGAUCCAGAACUCCCGUGGCGGCGCCGCAGUUGGUGAUCAAAAACAUCCCCCUGAUCACGCUGGAUCACGGGUGGAGAUCACUGCCAACAACUCGAAUCUCCCAACACGCGAGAGGGUGAUCGCGGUGCUCUAUGGCUUCUCUAUGGCUACAAUCUCGGAUCUGAUGAAUUCCUCCCGCCCCGACCUGACCCCAAACAAUGUGCUAGCGGCCGGGCUAAGCUUUUUCGCGGAGGCGGUUCGCAACCCCCGUCGCGCCGCGAAGUCGCACGCGAGGCACUGA